AUGUCAGGGCUGGUCCCUGUCAAAAAGAGACCCAGAAUUCUACACGGGUCCUCUUCCUUCUGCCGCUAUGAAGUGAAAUUUAAAGGAAUUGUCCUGUUUCUCGUGGAGAGGAAGAUGGGAGCAAGCAGGAGAAAUUUCCUGAUGGAACUGGCAAGGAAGAGAGGUUUCCAGAUUGAAAGUGAAUUAAGAGACUGCGUUACUCAUAUUGUGGCUGAGAACAACUCUGGGGCUGAAGUUGUGGAGUGGCUGCAAUCUAAGAAGUUGGACACUGUGAUUAAAUGUCAGAUUGUGGACAUCUCCUGGUUCACGGAGUGUAUGGGAGCGGGAUGUCCUGUACAGAUAGAAGACCGGCACCAACUCACGGUGCAAGAAGAUUGCCCUGCCAGUUUCAAUACGCCAGUCUCUUCAUCAUGUGUCCGUGUGUCUCCAUAUGCGUGUCAGAGACGGACGCCGCUUCAGGACAUCAACCGAAUAUUCACGAUUGCUUUUGAUAUCUUGGCAGAAAAUUAUGAAUUUUUGGAAAAUAAAGGACCUCGCAAGGCCUAUCAGAGAGCCUCAGCUGUGCUUAAAUCACUUUCAUUUCCUAUAGUAACAAUGAAGGAUGUGGAAGGCUUGCCUCACCUGGGACAGCAGAUGAAAUACAUCAUUGAAGAGAUUCUUGAAGAUGGAAAAUGCUCCAUAGUCGAGGAAGUGAUAAGUGCAGAGAGAUAUAAAUCAUUUAAGAUAUUUACAUCUGUCUUUGGAGUGGGACUGAAGACUGCAGAGAAGUGGUACAGAAUGGGUUACCGGACAUUAGAAGAUAUAAGAAGUAAUAAGUGUUUGACGUUUACAAGAAUGCAGAAACAUGGGCUACUUUACUAUGAAGACAUCGCUGGUUAUGUAACAAAAACGGAAGCAGAUGCGGCUGAGCGCCUUAUCAGGACCAUUAUUUGGGGAUUUGUAUCAGAUGCCAUUGUGACAGUCACCGGUGGCUUCAGAAGGUACUGUGACACUGACAGGAUUUUCUUGCAUCUCCAUGCCAAACAUCAGUGUAGAUUUUGGCAGAGAUAUUUUAACAUGUUUCUCAUACAGAUGGACAGAUGUUCCAUAACAAUAGUAUUACCAUUUGCACAGUAUAAUUCCAGAAUACAUAAAACGUGUCUGAGUUAUUUGCUAGUCCUAAAUAAAAUAUUAUUUUUUCUUUCAAAGGACAUUCACUGUUAA